UAAAAAUGAGUAGUAAUUUAAAAAAUUUUUAAAUUGAAUUUUUGUAAAAUUGGCGUGCUUAAAUUUGAAAUUUUACUUGAAAAAAAUCAUUAAUAAUUGUCAUAAUUGAUAUCGAACAAGUACUCAUUAAAAUUAUAUUACUUUUCACCAAAUUUAGAUUAAUCGGAAAACUAUUCCGAGAGAAAGUGUACAAAAAUAUAUGGUGUGUUAUUUGUUCAUACAUUCAUACAUACAUAUGUAAAUAAUACAUGGUCCUAAACGUUGCAAUAAUUACGUCAUAAAUAUUCUAAGCGUAAAUAACAAGGACUUAAUAAAAAAAAAAUACAAAAUUAAAUUUCAGUUUAUUAGAGAAAGUGUAGUGUGAGCUUGCAAAACUUCAGAAAGAAAUUGAUUUUCAAUUUUGGAUUUUUAAAAGUAACAUUCUAGUUAAAAAUAAAUAAAGACUAACUUUGUUAAAAUUACAUAAAUCAAAAUGUCUGCAAAAGCUAUUCGUGAAGCAACUGGUAAAGAUAUUUUAAAUCGUUUAUUGGACGAAAAAUCUGGAGCAGCAAAUUGCCGUUUUGCAUCAGUUGAUCCUGAAACAAAUUGGAAUGAAUUAGUUAAUAAAAAUCCAUGGCUACAAACCACUCCUUUAGUUGUUAAACCAGAUCAAUUGAUUAAGCGCCGCGGAAAGCUUGGUCUAAUUGCUGUAAAUAAAAGUUUUCCUGAAGUUCAAAAAUGGGUUAAUGAUCGUAUGAACAAAGAUCAACAAAUUGGUGCUGCAUGUGGAAAAUUACGUAAUUUUAUUAUUGAACCAUUCAUUCCUCAUAAGGAUGAAGAAGAAGCUUAUGUCUGCAUUUAUUCACAUCGAUCAGCUGAUACAAUUCUAUUUCAUCAUCAAGGUGGUGUUGAUAUCGGUGAUGUUGAUGCAAAAGCAUUAAAAUUAGAUGUACCUGUAAAUCAUAAUACCACAGUUGAAGAAAUUACUAAUGCUUUACUUAAAAAUGUAUCAGCUGAUAAAAAGCAAAGAAUUGCGAAUUUUAUAUUUUCAUUAUAUCAAUGUUAUGUUGAAUUAUAUUUUACGUAUUUGGAAAUAAAUCCGUUAGUUGUUACAAAGGAUUCAAUUUAUAUAUUAGAUUUAGCUGCAAAAUUAGAUUCAACAGCUGAUUUUGUGUGUCGCCCAAAAUGGGGUGAUAUUGAUUAUCCACCACCAUUCGGACGUGAUGCAUAUCCAGAAGAAGCUUAUAUAGCUGAUUUAGACGCAAAAAGUGGAGCAUCUUUAAAAUUAACAAUUUUAAACCGUAAUGGAAGAAUUUGGACAAUGGUAGCAGGCGGUGGUGCAAGUGUUAUUUAUUCUGAUACAAUUUGUGAUUUGGGUGGAGCUAGUGAAUUAGCGAAUUACGGUGAAUAUAGUGGUGCACCAUCUGAACAGCAAACUUAUGAAUAUGCAAAAACGCUAUUAAAUUUAAUGACAUCAUCACCAAAGCAUCCAAAAGGAAAAAUUUUAAUUGUUGGUGGCGGUAUUGCUAAUUUUACAAAUGUUGCAGCAACAUUUAAAGGAAUAAUAACAGCUUUGCGAGAAUUUCAACCAAAACUCAUUGAACAUAAUGUAUCGAUAUUUGUUCGUAGAGCUGGCCCCAAUUAUCAAGAGGGAUUGCGUAGAAUGAGAGAAUUCGGUAGUACAUUGGGUAUUCCAUUACAUGUAUUUGGACCUGAAACACAUAUGACAGCUAUUUGUGGAAUGGCAUUGGGAAAUCGUCCAAUUCCAUCAACAUUGAAUGUUGAUUUUUCCACAGCAAAUUUCUUAUUACCCAGUGGACAGCAACAAGAACAACAAAAACAUCAUAAAAGUAAUGAUAAUAAUGAUAAUUUCAAUAAUGGUACAACAACAGUAACUGCAACACAGCAAAUUAAAUUACCUCCUCUUGCAGCUGAUGGUUUUGAAUAUGUAAAACAUGAUGGUACUUUGGAAAAUGCACAACGUAUGUUUACUAAUUCAACAAAGGCAAUUGUUUGGGGUAUGCAAACAAGAGCUGUUCAGUCAAUGUUGGAUUUUGAUUUCAUUUGCAGGAGAGAAGAACCAUCUGUUGUUGCUAUGGUGUAUCCAUUUACUGGUGAUCAUAAGCAAAAAUAUUAUUGGGGUCAUAAAGAAAUUUUAAUACCAGUUUAUAAAAAAAUGUCUGAUGCUGUUGAAAAACAUAAGGAAGCUGAUGUAAUGGUAAAUUUUGCUUCAUUGCGGUCUGCUUAUGAAUCAACAAUGGAGGUGUUGGAAUAUAAGCAAAUAAGAACUGUUGCUAUCAUAGCAGAGGGAAUCCCUGAGAAUAUGACAAGAAAAAUGAUUGUUGCUGCAAACAAAAAGGGUGUAUCAAUUAUUGGUCCAGCUACUGUUGGCGGUGUUAAGCCAGGUUGCUUUAAAAUAGGCAAUACUGGUGGUAUGCUAGAUAAUAUAUUGCACUCAAAAUUAUACCGACCAGGUAGUGUAGCAUACGUAUCGCGGUCUGGUGGAAUGUCAAAUGAAUUGAAUAAUAUCGUUUCAAAAGCUACUGAUGGUGUAUUUGAAGGUGUUGCAAUUGGUGGUGAUCGGUAUCCUGGUACAACUUUUAUGGAUCAUAUUAUGCGUUAUCAAGCUGAUCCAGAUGCAAAAUUAAUUGUGCUAUUAGGAGAAGUUGGCGGUACUGAAGAAUAUGAAGUUUGUGCCGCAUUAAAGAGCGGAAAAAUUAAUAAGCCAUUAGUAGCAUGGUGCAUCGGUACAUGUUCUGGAAUGUUCUCAGCUGAAGUUCAAUUUGGCCAUGCUGGAUCGUGCGCAAAUUCUGACAGAGAAACCGCAACAGCUAAGAAUAAAGCAUUGAAGGAAGCUGGCGCUUAUGUCCCUGACACUUUUGAUUCGUUAGGUGAUUUAAUUGGGUCAGUAUAUCAAGAACUAGUCAAAAGUGGUAGAAUUGUACCAGCCGAGGAAGUUCCUCCACCAACUGUACCUAUGGAUUAUUCUUGGGCACGUGAAUUAGGUCUAAUAAGGAAACCAGCAUCAUUUAUGACAUCAAUUUGUGAUGAACGUGGGCAAGAGCUUUUAUACGCUGGUAUGCCAAUCAGCGAUGUAUUGAAAAAAGAUGUUGGAAUUGGUGGAGUUGUUUCAUUAUUAUGGUUCCAAAGAUGUUUACCACCGUACGUAUGCAAGUUCUUUGAAAUGUGUUUGAUGGUAACCGCUGAUCAUGGUCCAGCGGUAUCUGGUGCCCAUAACACCAUAGUUUGUGCUAGAGCUGGCAAAGAUUUAGUUUCAUCUUUGGUAAGUGGUUUAUUGACAAUUGGUGAUCGUUUUGGUGGAGCAUUAGAUGGAGCUGCAAGGCAAUUCUCAGAAGCCUAUGAUUCAAAUUUGCAUCCAAUGGAAUUUGUUAAUCAAAUGCGUAAAAAGGGACAAUUAAUCAUGGGUAUUGGACAUCGUGUUAAAUCAAUUAAUAAUCCAGAUGUACGUGUCAAAAUCAUUAAAGAAUUUGUUUUAGCAAAUUUUCCCUCAUGUCCAUUGCUUGAAUAUGCUUUAGAAGUUGAAAAAAUUACAACAAGUAAAAAACCCAAUUUAAUUUUGAACGUUGAUGGUGUUAUUGCUACAUCAUUUGUUGAUAUGUUAAGGAAUUGUGGUUCAUUCACUAGUGAAGAAGCUCAAGAGUAUAUAAAUAUUGGAGCAAUCAAUUCAUUAUUUGUUUUAGGGCGUAGUAUAGGUUUCAUUGGACAUUUCAUGGAUCAAAAACGCUUAAAACAAGGAUUAUAUCGUCAUCCAUGGGACGAUAUUUCCUAUGUCAUGCCAGAAUAUAAUUAAAUAUAUAUUUAUAUAUAUAUAUUAUAUGCUAAAAACUGAAAAUAACACAAAUAUAAAAUAACGUAAUUGUUAUAUGUAACAUAACUAAGAAUGUAGAGAAACAAUAUUAUUAUUAUUACUAUUAAUUUACACUGUAGCUUGAAAAAUUUACAAAAAUCAUCAUUUAAAAAAUUGCAUGUUUAAAUUUUAAAAGGAAAAGUUUUAGAAAUUAAAAAAAAAUUUCCUUUUCAAUCUUAAAAAUAUUGAAACGUAAAAGAACUUUUGAGUACUAAAUGGGAAUGUGAUGAGAUUUUUUUCAUGAAGUUAUUUAAAGAUCCUCUGAAAUGAGUUUUGUAAGAAGUUACAAGGAUUCUGAAAAAUAUAACCAAUAUCCAAUUUAUUCAGCCCCUAGAAUAUUGCAUUGAAUUAAUAAAUAUUUUAGAAUAUGUUACUAAUACUUUUAUGAUGAGAAUAAUUUAUAGAACAUGAUUUGGUGUAAUUUUUCAUAUAAUUUUUAAUUAAUUAAUGUUAUGAAUUUUCUUUAUUUCAUUAUAAAAUGGUGUUUAUUCAAAAGAGAAAUUUUCUUUCGUAUUGAUUUCAAUUACUGCUUUUUUUGUUGUUGUUAAUAUGCAUCUAUUUUAAGAACAUUUUUUUAUUUUAUGUUAAAUGAAAGAAUUGUGGUUAAAUUAAUUUUGAUAUGAUAAAAUAUUAUUAUUCAUUAAGUAAGGUAAAAAAAAAUCUAAAAUAAAAUAUAUUUAAGUUUUUAAUUUUAUUAAAAAAAAUGAAAUGAAACUACAAAAAAAAUUUGCUUAUUUUGUUAAGGAAUAAAUUUAUGAAAACUUUCCCUGUCCAUAGGACAACCAGAAUAAAUUAUAUUUAGAAUUAUUUUCAAUAUUCUUUUGUAUACAAAUUUUUUUAUUUAAAAUAAAUUUAUAAAAACAAGUAAAAUUUAAA